GAAGCUAGGGUCUGCGGAGCCGGUCGGGCACUCCACGGUGUCGGGCACACUGCUGUUCGUCUUCAUGCAAGGAAUUGAGGCCUAAGCUGAAGUACUGAGGUUACCAGCUCCGCGCAAAGCCAGCACGGGUGUGCGGGAGGGCGCGUGCGCAGUGCCGGGAGGGGACCUGAGCACUAGCUUGGAGAUAGUCAGGAAGGGAUGUCAGGGGCUCAGAAGGCCAGAUUAGUUGGAGUUGCGGUUGAGAAGCGUUCUGCUAUGACUAAGUCUGACAAGAUGCCCAUCUUGGUAGAUGACAUCAUGAAGCUUCUAUGCUCCAUUUCCCAAGAGAGGAAAAUGAAGGCGGCUGUCAAGCACUCUGGGAGGGGUGCCUUGGUUGCGGGGACAGUGGCCUUUGUCGGUGGUUUGGUUGGUGGCCCACCAGGAAUUGCUGUUGGGGGGACUGUUGGGGGCCUGUUAGGUGCCUGGAUGACGAGUGGACAGUUUAAGCCGGUUCCUCAGAUCUUAAUGGAGCUGCCCCCUGCUGAACAGCAGAAACUUGUUAACGAAGCCACGACCAUCAUCAGGAACUUGGACUGGACAGAUGCUGUACAGCUCACUGCUCUGGUCAUGAGCAACCAGGCCAUGCAGCAGAAGCUCUUGGCCAUGCUCACCACCUAUGUCACCAAGGAGCUGCAGGCCGAGAUCCGCUAUGAUGACUAGGCUACUCCCCAUGGGGGAUGGGCUUUCACUUGGAUGAUUCUAUGGCUCCCAGAAGGUGACCAGGGAAUGGAGGAUGCCUGGCAGGUACCUCUGCACAUCAUCAGCAUUGACUGUAUGCUGGAGUACAAGUACAUCCUGUUGGACUGUCCCCUGCUGAAGAGGCUUUGGCUAUGUGACAUGGGCUGUGUGUGUGUUAUGGAAAGGUACAGGCUGUUGGCAUCCACAAACAGCUUGGGAGUCCUCUUGAUCCUGUAGGUCUAAAAGAAGUUCUCUUAUAUUUUUGGUUGUGAGCCUAGUCUUUAACGGCUGAGCCAUCUCUCCAGCCCAAGAAGUUCUCUUGUUGGCUGGCCAACUGUGCUGGAUGAUCCUCUUCCUAUGAAGGUACCUCUAAGUAUCUGUCACAGGAUUGGACCCCCUUAGGCUCUAGGGUCUUGGGGUUUAGAGCCAGCUCUUGCCAGGAUUGUGCUUACCUGCUGAGUGUUCCCCUUUUUCACCCAGGGACUUCCCAGUGGUCUCACAAUGAUAGUGGUUCCUACUUUGAGUGAAGCCACAGAUACCAGGCAGUCUCCAUACUCCACCAUUGUUUAUGCCCCAGGAUCUCUGGUUAAGCUUCUAGAGUCUUUUGAUUUCUUAUGGAAAAUCAUGGCACUUAUUUAUCUUUUAUUUUUAUUGUCAAUUCUGGACCCUUCUUAUUCUCUACACUUUUGUAGUCUAAGUUAAUUAAACUCCAUUUCUUACUAUGUUA